AUGAAUCGAAUUUUUAUUUUGGCAUUCGUUUUAUUUGCUACGCUUUUUGCGGUCAAUGCAGCACCACUUGAACUUGUAAAAAGAGAAACUAAAUUUCCACCAUGUCCCAAUGCGCCACCAGAUGUAGUAGGACUCGAUGUAAAAAUGACACCUGAUCCUUUCGUUCCUGGAAAAGAAGAAACGUUUGACAUUAAAGGAACAUUGAAAAAAGAUAUUGUCGCUGGAGAUUUGCUUGGUCUUGGAUUCAUCGAUCUUGUCGCGGAAGCACCCAUAGGAGAUCCCCUUGUUGUGGAUAUUUGUACAUUACCUGGAGUUACUUGUCCGAUUAAAGCCGGAACUGCAUUUUCUACAACGCAGCAAUUAACUGCACCAGCCGCUUCAGAUUUACCUAAAUCAUACGCUAUUAUAAUUGCAAUGGAACAUGGAACACCACCUGAUGUUGAAGCAUUAGCCUGUUCAGCUGCUAUUUUUGGUGCUGAUAGUGAUUCUUCUGCUGUACCUGACUUUUGGAGUUUUUUAUAA